GUCAAACCGGGUCAGUUAAGUAAAACAAUCACAAGUUUCUAGUCGGUUUCUUCGUGAUGUACGCUUCUUGUUUCUUUUUCCAACGAUAACGUUUAUCUAGACGUAAAUCUUUCAAUGCCAAAAUAUAUUUUGAUUGAUUGAAGUUUAGUAACUAAGUGCCUUCUGGUUCACUAAUAAUUGUUCCAAACAUGAGCUCCUACACACAUUCAACCGAGCUCUGUCAGGUUCAGUUCGAACUGAAUACACUCGCCGAUAAACUGGAAGAUGACUGGCGCACAUUGUUCUACCUAAUCCCUUCUGAUAUAGCCGACAUUGAUCUACCGGAUGGACGCUAUAAGAAAAAGUACAACGGCACUCAGGAACAGGAAUUGGACAGUUACUGUGAGAGGCAGAGAAUUUCUCGUGCAUGUCAGCUGCUUGAAGAAUGGGGUACAUCCGGUAAAAAAGAAAAACGUCCCCAGUUGGGUCAUUUAUUGCAGUUGCUGAUCAAAGGAAACCUGUUCCGUGCAGCAGAUUACGUUGCCAAGGAUCUGCUGAAAGAUGCUCCUCCCGAGCGACCUAGCUGUGGACCAGCAGCUCCGAUCGAUAUCGAUCGAGUGUUGGAUGGCGAGCUCGAGAAAAUGCUCGACGCUGCAUCCUACCCGAACUCAACGGCGUUGCAGAAUGGGCUUGAAUCACUCACGUUAGACAACAACUUGGACCGUCCGGACCCGCAGAAACGGGAUCACGUUAUGGAUCUUGGAUUAGCGCCCGGCAGUCGAGUAUCAAACAGUGAUAAUAACGACCAAUCAACCAUCGCCAGUAGAGAUAUGCCUCGGUUGAGUGCAUUGCUGAGUUCGGAUGAAGCCGGACCAUCCGGGACGGCUCCCGUGCCAGCAGUUCUUUUGGACGGAUGUACUCUUUCCUCCACAUCGGACAGUUACAUCUACAGUGGCAGUCUUCCAAGUUCAAGCAGUAGCGAGAGGAGUCAGAAUAGUCAAACACAUCCAUCGACAGUGAUGGGAACGAUCAAGGAAAAUGAUGAGCUGCCUAAUCUAUCGAUGUUUGGUGCCGUUGCUUCUACCGAUGGAGGAGCUGCGAACGUGCCUCACCUUUCUGCGCUUUUUAACAACUCCAACAGCGUUGAUCAGAGCCAUUCCGAGCUGUCAAAUUCUGUUCAACUACCGAGACUUUCGGUGAUGGGUUUCUCGAGCACAAACUCCAGCGAUUCCGCUACCAACUCGAACCUGAUUCAAUUCUCAUCUGCAAACUGUCUGACUUCCACUGUGAUUCAGUUUCCAUAUACCACUCUUGAAUCUGCUACGGCAAAUUUUGAUCAACGACCGUUCACGAAUUGUAACCCGUCAGCUCCGGAUGGUCGUUUACUGGGAGUAGGUGGUUUUGGAGAAGUUUUCCUUGGCAUUAACCUGACCCCGGCUGUCUCGCUCGCAGCCGUAAAACGUCUCUUUCCGUCAAACUACAAAUAUCGAGAAAAGUUCGACCGUGAACGAGAAAUUCUAAUGAAAUACAGUCAUCCAAACAUCGUCCAGCUGCUCGGUUAUUGCGAUAUGGACCAACUUUGUCUGGUAUAUGAAUUUCUUCCGGGUGGUACCCUGGAAGCAGCGUUGGACAAAUGUCGUCAAGGGCAGCUCCUGCUAACAUCUGACCGACGAAUAAAUUACCUUUUCGGAAUCGCCUCGGCUAUCGAGUACCUGCACAGUCCGCAGGUUCAAGUGAUUCAUCGGGACGUAACCUUGGCAAACAUUCUGCUGGCUGAUGACAUUGCGAAGCUGUGUGAUUUCGGACUAGUCAAAAGGGUGGACAGUCUAACGGCAACCGGAGUUAUGGGAACGGGUCCGUAUUUGGCUCCGGAAUCACUGCGGGGGACCGUCACACCGGCGAUGGAUGUUUACUCGUUCGGUGUAGUUCUGGCUGCCGUCGUAACCGGCGAAGAUGUUCUGGCGGGAAACAGUGGCGAGCUGAAUGGUGGCAAAGAUUUACUUGAACGGGUGACAGCGAGAGAGGCAGAGUUGCAGGAGCUGGUGGAUCGGAGGGUGCCACCGGAAAAAUGUGAGCGAUGGUUGCAGGAUGGUACAAAUUUGCUGGAACUAGCCAAACGGUGCCUUCAGGAGAGAUUUCAUCGACCGACUGCACACGAUGUACGGCUCCGGAUAGGAGAAAUGAAUAGAUGCGGUGCCGGGAUGGUUUAGCAAACGUAAUCGAAACUAGUUAUCACUAUAUUAAAAUUGACGAGUUAUAUUUAUAGAGCAUUUAUAUUUUUAAAAGAACGCACAAUAUACGAAACAGUCUA